CUUGUGUUCCAGAACUUGAAGAAUCAGAUCAUGACGACCAACCUGUGGGUGGAACAAUCGUGGUACGACUACAAGCUCCGCUGGGAGCCCAAGGAGUACGGCGGGGUGCACAUGCUGCACGUGCCCUCGGACCACAUAUGGCGGCCCGACAUCGUGCUCUACAACAAUGCUGACGGCAACUUCGAGGUGACGCUGGCCACAAAGGCGACCAUAUACUACCAGGGCCUGGUCGAGUGGAAGCCACCCGCCAUUUACAAGUCUUCUUGUGAGAUAGAUGUUGAGUAUUUCCCCUUUGACGAGCAAACCUGCGUUUUGAAAUUCGGUAGUUGGACGUAUGACGGCUUCAAGGUGGACCUGCGGCACAUGGACGAGAAGGCCGGCUCCAACGUGGUGGAGGUGGGCGUCGACCUGUCCGAGUUCUACAUGUCCGUCGAGUGGGACAUCCUGGAGGUGCCGGCAGUCAGGAACGAGAAGUUCUACACGUGCUGCGACGAGCCGUACCUCGACAUCACCUUCAACAUCACCAUGAGGCGGAAGACACUGUUCUACACCGUCAACAUCAUCAUCCCCUGCAUGGGGAUAUCCUUCCUCACGGUUCUCACUUUCUACCUGCCGUCCGACAGCGGCGAGAAGGUGACGCUGUCCAUCUCCAUCCUCAUCAGCCUGCACGUGUUCUUCCUGCUGGUGGUGGAGAUCAUCCCUCCCACGUCGCUAGUGGUACCGCUGCUCGGCAAGUACCUCAUCUUCGCCAUGAUCCUCGUGUCCAUCAGCAUCUGCGUGACGGUGGUGGUGCUGAACGUGCACUUCCGGUCGCCGCAGACGCACAAGAUGGCGCCCUGGGUGAAGCGCGUGUUCAUCCACAUCCUGCCGCGGCUGCUGGUCAUGCGGCGGCCGCAGUACCAGUUCGAGACGAGCAGGUUCUCGUCGGGCCGCCUGCUGAUGAAGACGGUGCGGCACAGCGAGCCGCAGCCCUGCUACUACCCCUACAGCGGGGAGGUGACGGGCGACGAGGAGCCAUCCUUGGUGGCCAAGCGCAGCCCGAGGUCCCCCAGCAAGGAGGACCUGUCGCCCGCCAGCCUGGCCGACGGUGGACCGUUCGGUGGUAGCUGCCAGAUACACGGGCCAGUCGCGCUGGCCAGCCUGCAGUCGGAGUCGGAGGAGCUGUCCCUGUCGGCUGGGGACAGCAACAAGAGCCCCGUCAUGGGCAACCCGGCCUUCUCGCACACCGACUGCUCGCCCGAGGUGCACAAGUCCUGCUUCUGCGUGCGCUUCAUUGCCGAGCACACCAAGAUGCUGGAGGACUCGACAAAGGUUAAAGAGGACUGGAAGUACGUGGCGAUGGUGCUGGACCGCCUGUUCCUCUGGAUCUUCACGCUGGCCGUGCUCGUGGGCACUGCGGGCAUCAUCCUGCAGGCGCCCACGCUGUACGAUGACCGCGUGCCCAUCGACAAGAAGUUCAGCGAGUUCGCGACCACGACGGUGGUGCGGUGCCCACCGCAGUAG